GGAGAUGAUUAGAAAUUUAUUGACAAGAAACGCGAAAACGUCUAGAAGUAACGAGUCGUAAUAUAACAGAGAAAACUUGUGAUUACUUUGAAACUGAAAAUUUAUUAAAGCAAGAUAUAAAGAGAUUUUUUUGUCAAAAUAAUUGAAAAGAAUCAAGACCUAAAAAAUAAUAAAUUUAUAGUUAUAAUAACAACAAUAAUUCCACGGAGGUAAACCCCACGUAUCCUCAACAGAAAUUUCGCAAUACGUUACGCCACUUUGCCUUAAAAUGGCGUCUUCUACUGCAACAUAUGCAAAUUUCCAGGACAGAGUCCAGGGAUUUAUCAAUGGAUUGGGUGAUAAAUAUGAACCGUAUGUGCGUACUCAUUUGGCCAAAGUGUACAUGGUACUUGGAGCCGCAACGGCUAGUACUGCGGUAGGAGCGAUGUUACAGUUAUGGGGUGUUAUAAAUCUUGGUUUGAUAGCCGCACUGGCCUCCUUGGGGCUUGUGUUGGGUCUCCAUUUUUAUAGAGAUGAUGGAAAAAACUACUAUACACGCUUUAGCAUGUUGAUGGCAUUCGGUUUUUGUUCAGGACAGACUUUGGGACCGUUGAUGCAAUAUAUAAUAAGUAUCAAUCCAUCGAUAAUAAUAACCGCGCUAACAGGCACUGUGGUAACCUUCGUUUCACUUUCAUUGGGUGCUUUGCUAGCGGAACGCGGAAAGUAUCUUUUCCUGGGUGGAUUGCUGGUCAGUGUAAUCAAUACUAUGGCAAUAUUAAGCCUCUUCAAUAUGUUUUUCCAAUCAUAUUUUGUUCAAUUGGCGCAACUUUAUGUCGGUGUAUUUGUAAUGGCUGCUUUUGUGGUCUUCGAUACACAAAAUAUAGUGGAAAAAUGCCGAGCAGGAAAUCGAGAUGUUGUUCAACAUGCAUUAGAUUUGUUCUUUGAUGUUUUAAGCAUGUUUAGACGAUUAUUAAUUAUUCUAACGCAAAAGGAGGAACGUAAACGUGAGGAGCGUCGUAAACGGAACUAAAUGAAAAUACCUUCGCGGAAUGUUCAAAUAUUAAUAUUUUAUAUGAAUAUCUUUUCAUGAAUAACUUAUACCCAAAAUUCAGCAUUAAUAUUAUAUUUCAAAUCAAUACUAA